GGAACGAACCUGCUUUAGUCUUAUCCAGCACGUGUUUAUUGACAAUGAAGUUGGAGAAAACUACUGCAACACUUACAAAGAACAUUAUUUUUAAUGCAUUUCAGUGUUCUGUCGCUACCUUACUCAUCUUAAAUAGUCGUGAGAAAGUGCCACGGACAUUGUACAUAUCUGAAGGUGUGUGGGUAUGUGAAGAUACGCAACAAGAAAAGAAUCUCUUUCAUGAAUUUUACUCCCUCCAGUGACGGGAACUACAAACUUUCUGCAACAUGAAGACUGAAAGUGUGAGAGACAAGAAAGGCUUGAAACAAAUGGAUUGGUAGCUAUUUCAGAGGGUCGGCUUUAAAGGUCCAGCACCAGGAGGAGAGCGAAAGCAAAUUGGAUAGAAGAGCAGGCACAGAACAGGAUGACUUCACUCUGCACUAUUAAUCUCACUGAGGACUGAGUGAUUCAGCACCAUGGGAAAAUCUGCCUCCAAACAAUUUGCUGAGGAGGUGCUGCAGUGCCACAACGAGUACAGGAAGAAGCACCAGGCUCCUCCACUAAAGCUGAGCAGCAAACUGAGCAGAGAGGCUGCUCGUUAUGCUGAAAGUCUGGCUAGCACAAGAAUCCUGAAGCACAGUGUGGAGUCCAGCAGGGGGAGCUGUGGAGAAAACCUGGCAUGGGCUUCUUAUGACCAAACGGGGAAGGAUGUGGCAGAUCGCUGGUAUGAAGAAGUCAAACAGUACAACUUCAGCCACCCUGGAUUCUCCUUUGGCACUGGUCAUUUCACUGCAAUGGUGUGGAAGAGCACCAAGAAGUUUGGUGUGGGAAAGGCCACAGCGUCAGACGGCUCUUCCUUUGUCGUGGCCAGAUAUUUCCCAGCAGGGAAUAUAACGAAUCAGGGACACUUUGAGAGUAAUGUCCUCCCAUCUAAAACUGGCUCCUGAAGACCUAUUGAUCCCCCUGGACUUUACUCAGGGGGGCAAAAACAUUUGCUUAGAUUUAAAGGGGAAAAGCUGCCUCCCUUGCAGAGCUCUGGAGAAAACAACGGCUAAAAACCCAAACUGCAAUAUCGUAGAAUUUUAAAAGAUAAAACACACUCAGUCCUCUGCAUCUAUAAAGACCUUUGUGAGGCAGAGUGUUCAAAUUGCCUAACAUUUUUGUAACUGUAGAUUUUUGCUGCCUAAAAACCAUUUUCUCUUAAAUUUGUACACUAAAGAAAUGUUUCAUGUAUUUUUCUCUCCUUUUUGUAAGAGUGAGUUAAUAUGGAGAAAUGGUCACCGACAUGCUGACAUAUUUCCUGGAUUUGAAGCUGAUGACUGUACAUGUUAGGAAUGUUCUUGUUAUUGCCCCUUCUUGUUAAAGAAGACAGGGCUUGUGUUGUUUUUCAUAUUCUAACUUGUUUUUUUACAAUAAAGCUGAAAGAUUGUCAUAACAAAAUGCAUAGUGAGUUUGUGAAAACUCAACAUGUAGAGUCAGUUUGCUUUUGACUACACAAAUAUUCUCUCAAUAUUUUCUGA